AUGCUGCGCACGGACCAGCUGCGCACGGACCAACGCGCACAGCCUGCCCUAAUCUCCCCAUCGCCUUGUUUGGUUUUCCUCUGUCACUUGACCCUAAGUCGCGACAUUAGGUCGAAACUCCUCACCGCUGCCGGCUACGCGCACCUCCCCUUCCUCCCCCCAUCCAUCGUGGCUGCCUGCCAAGGCCAGAUCCACGCAUUCGACUCCCAGGACCUCAUCGACGUCUACAUCCCAGACGGCCCUGAGACUGUCCUCUAUCGUUGCGAGCAGCAGCCGUGCCCCAACCGGACACCCCGAUCGAUCGAGGAAGAUUACCCUCGCUACAAAGCGAUCCGACGAGCGCAACACCCGCUCGGACCCCGAAGCACCCUCGCAUCCCGAUCUGCCUCGCGGCACUCCCGCCCUGUCUCCCCUACCUCCCGCCUUCCCCAAACUGUCACCGAGUCCAGUCAAGCUCGAGGAGAUCUCCCUCCAGACCCUGCGCCAGAGCCUGAGCCUGAGGAGGGUGCAGGUGAAGAAGGAAUCUCGGAGUCCAAGUCCGAGGCUUCUACUGGGUCCACCUCGCCGCCAGUGCUCGCCCCCGCGUCAGCAGUCCCUGAC